AAGACCAGAAAAAAAAUAAAAAACCAAUCUUUUCAUAAACACCAGAAACAACAAACGAGUUUACUGAUAAAACCAUGCUUAAACCCAGAUUUUAGAGAGAGAGAGAGAGAGAGAGAGAGAGAGACCACCAUUCACCAUUCUCAUUUCGGCAAUGGCGAAAUCAAUCUUCCUUUCCAAUUAUCUAUCUUUGGUCUUAGCUCGGCCAACAACAUUCAUGGCCACCUCUUCCUCCUCAACCCUCAAACUUGUAAAUAGAACAACCACUUUUCUUCUCUCAAUCUCAACUUCUUCUUCACUACCCUUUUCCACUUCUACGAAAUACCCACUUCAAUACGAUUUGAUCAUUAACCGACCGACUCAGUCCUCACUCGACCAGACUCACAACCGCCGCCCACCCCUUCGAUGCACCACACCCAAUUCCGAGUACUCGCCGGAGGAGAAGGAGGUGGAGGAGAAUUCAAAGCCCAUUUCGGAAUUGGGUUUUGAAGGGUGGGUCGAUCAGAAACUAGCUUCGGAGAAGAAGAAUAAUGAAACGGAGGGACCCAGCUCUGAGAUUAUGGAGAUGGAUAAAGCUAAGAGAAAGUACUAUAACAAGAGGAGGCAGAGGAUGUACGGAACAGAUUCUGAUGAAGAAGAUUGGAGGAGGAGAAAUGAAGAUGGGUUUGUAGAGUUGAAGCCUGAUGUGGUUGAGUUUUCGAGAUUGCAUAAGCGAGAAGAAGAGUUGUACUUUUACGAUACUUUUUGUUAUCCAUGGGAGAAAGAUAAGCAUUAUAAGAUGGUUUAUAAGUUGGAGAAGAAGUAUUUUCCUGAUCAGUGUUUGGACAAGGCAUUUCUUGAAGCUGGAGAGUCAAAUUCGAAUGUUGUUAUUGCUGAGAAUCGAAAGGGGAAAGUUGUGGCAAAAAUGAGUAAGGUUGAUGGUGAGAAAGUUGAGGGUGGUGAUGGUGUUGAUAGUAAUAAGGGGCUUGUUUUCUUUGAUGAAGGUGAGGAAGAAAAAAGGAGUAGAGAAUUGGGGAAGGAUGCCAUUAUUAGUAAUGAUGUUACUGAGAAGAAGGUGGAGGAGUUCUUUAAGUGUUUGAAGAAAGUUCCCAGUAAGGAUGAUGCUGUGGGAGUUGAUAAUGGGGAACCUUACCUUGUGACUAGGAGUACUGAGCUUCCUCCAAGAUGGGAUUCUCCCAAUGGAACAGUGGUCUUAAUCAACAAACCAAAAGGAUGGACUUCGUUUACAGUUUGUGGAAAGCUGCGUCGCCUUGUCAAAGUGAAAAAGGUAGGACACGCUGGGACUCUUGAUCCUAUGGCAACUGGUUUAUUAAUUGUUUGUGUUGGUAAAGCAACUAAGUUGGCAGAUAGCUAUCAAGCUAUGGUUAAGGGUUACAGUGGGGUUUUCCGUUUAGGUGAAGCUACUUCUACUUGGGAUGCUGAUUCACCAGUCAUUCAGCGUGAACCUUGGGAGCACAUCAAAGAUGAGGACAUAAAAAAAGCAGCAGCAACCUUUCGUGGCGAGAUCUGGCAAGUACCUCCAAUGUUUUCCGCCAUCAAGGUUGGAGGUGAGAAAUUGUAUGAGAAAGCUAGAAGAGGAGAAAGCAUUGAGCUUUCGCCACGACUCAUUUCAAUCUUCAAAUUUGACAUUGAACGUAGUUUAGAUGACAGACAAAAUCUAAUUUUUCGGGUUACAUGCUCCAAAGGGACCUACAUUAGGUCUCUAUGUGCCGAUUUUGGGAAGGCUCUUGGAAGCUGUGCUCAUUUAACUGCUCUUCGUAGAGAUUCAAUUGGAGAAUAUUCCGCCGAUGAUGCUUGGGAAUUCAAAGAUUUGAAAGAAGCAAUUACCAAAAACUAUUUCUAGUUGCUUAUUGAAGUCAUUAUAUGCAAGUCUCUGCAAUUUUUCACCCUAUAUAACAAACCACAGAAAAGGUUCCACCUUUUUUUUCAUCUUAAAUUUUGUUAUUAUAAUGUAAAUUUAUUUAUUUUUAUACCAGGUUAAAUUAUUCUUUCUGAAAAUUCGUUAAUUUUUCCAAUGAAUGACACUAAACUUCAUGAACUACAAACAAAA